CAGUUCAAGAGUUGACUCUUUUUUUACUCACAAAUACUGACAAAACUAUUGAAAUGCAAAUCAUUUUCCUUUUCAUUCUCUUGACUCCCGUUUUCGGCACUUUUUGUCCAAACCUUCCACCGAAAUGGGCCGACGGAAGGCAUCGCGUGAUUGACAUCGAAACUGGCGUUUCUGUAGUUUUUGAGAAACAUAUGUUUUGGUUGAACAAAGAGCCGAAACCCAUGUCUUCUUUCUUCCCACAACUCAAACGAAUCGAUGCAGUGCUUCUUCUCGAAGACGGUUCCACUUGUUUUCCGUCUCGAUGCAGUUCUCUGUAUCUCUUCGAAGGACAUCGCAUCUGGACUUACAAUUGGUUUCAUUUAUGGCAUAUCAGUAAUCGCUUCCCGAAUGCCAUCGACUUAAGAGUCAUUCGUCACGACUUUCCUCAAGUGAUUGAAUCGGCUUUUAAUGACAACAACUUUGUGUAUCUCUUGAGUGAAAACAUCUAUUUUCGUAUUCCUCGUCUUCUUUUUCCGAACCGAUUGAAACCCGAAGACUUGACACCAAUGAUAUUAGACAAGGAAUGUCUUCGUUCUGAAUCAAUGAUUGGACUUUCGAGUAGUUUGGAUGACAUUUUAGAAAGUGUUGGAAACGAUUCACAAAUAAGAAAUGUAACAAAUCGUCGAAAUGUCGGUCAAGAGUCUACCGAACCAUCAAUUGUCACAAGAAAUGUGGAACAAAGUGAUGCAAAAGACAAAGACCCGAAAGAAUCGGGAACCGAACCAUCGGUUGUUACAAGAGAGACAACAAUGGAACAAAGUAUCGUCAAAGUGGAACAAAGUGAAGAUCAAAUCAGAAAUGCAAUAAAAGACUCGGAGUUUGUGUUUGAAUUUGAAACGCAUUCGCGAACCGAACCAUCGGUUGUCACAAUUGAGAUCAAAACAGCGAAGAUUCAAAAUGCGAGUAAUUACGAAGAAUCGGGAACCGAACCUUCAGUAGAUAAGCAAAAAGAGACAAUUGAGACGACGACCGAAACCCAAGUGUCUGAAGAAUCGGGAAAAGUCAUGACAGACGUGAUGAGUGCGCAAACGGUAGUGAUGUUAGUAUUGGUUACGGUAUUGACUGUGGCGUUGAUAUUGGCCGUUACGGCGACGUAUCGGCGGAGAAGACAUCAAAGAGAAUAUAAUGUUUUGAAUUGA